AUGACUUCAAAUCAUUGUGCUGUGCCUGUGAUCGUCUUGGAGGAAGAGAAAAAGUCCAGUUUGUUUUCCAACAAGAUCAAGACCUCGUAUAAACUGAACGCUGCUGGACUUACAAAAAUUCUCGGUCAAAAGGAUUUCAUUGACAAGAAGGUUGCUGUGAUUUCGAUUGCUGGAGCGUUUCGAAAAGGAAAAUCAUUCCUGUUGAACUUUUUCGUCAACUAUUUGGAGUUUCUGAGUAAUGGUGGACGAGGAGAGUGGUUGAAUGAGGAGACACCUUUGGAUAAAUUUCACUGGAGAGGUGGCUCGAAGAGGGAUACAAAUGGAAUCUAUCUAUGGAGUCGACCAUAUCUGUUGGAAGAUAAAGAUGGUGAAGAGAUAGUCGUCCUCCUGAUGGACACUCAAGGGACAUUCGAUCACAAGACGACAAUCAAUGACUGUGCCACAAUCUUCGCAUUGAGCACUCUCAUUUCGUCGGUUCAAAUCUUCAACGUGAGCCAGCAAAUUCAAGAAGACGAUUUCAACAAUCUGCGUCUUUUCACUGAAGUUGCUCAAAUGGCUCAAGAUGAAAACCAAAAGAAAACAACCGCCUUUCAAAAGCUUCGUUUCCUCAUUCGUGAUUGGCCAAACUCGGACGAAUAUGGCUACGGUUUUGAGGGAGGAGCGGAAUAUUUGGAGAAACUGCUUGCAAUUAAACCAAAACAGAAAAAAGAGUUGCAGAAAUUGCGCACAAGCUUGAAGAACAGUUUCGAGAGGAUUGACGCUUUUCUGAUGCCACAUCCCGGUUUGCGCGUGGCAAGCAACAACUCGGAUAAGGUUCUCGGAAAGGUGGAAGCUGAUUUCAAGGAGUACCUCGAGCAGUUCGUGACUUCGCAUUUCAAGGAGAAUUUUGUGGAACCAAAAACGAUGCAUGGAGAAACGUUGACAUGUCGUGGAUUGAUAAACUUGUUUGGGGCCUACAUGAAAAUCUUCAAUAGUGAUAAGCUGCCAAAAGUGAAAACAAUUCUGGAGGCGACCGCUGAAGUGAUGCUUUCAGUGGCCGAAACAAAAGCCAAGCAGGAGUACGACACUCAAAUGAAAGAGAAAAUGAGCAACACUAUAAAUUUAACCAAAAUCGACGUCUUGAAUGGAUUCCAUUCAGCCAGUGUUGAUGCAGCUCGGAAAGUGUUUGCUAGUCGCCCAAAGAUCUCUGGUGACUUACCAGUGGCAACAAUUCAGCAAAAGCUUCAGACGUAUUUUGAGGAACGGCUGGUUGAGCACAAACGAGUGGUGGAGCAAAAUCUCAAAGUGGCUGAAGAAAAUGAACGCCUCGAAGCAGAGAAAGCUCGUCUUGAGGAAGAGGAAAGAAUCGCGAAGAAAAAGAUCAAAGAUGAGGAAGAUCGCUUGGCUCGACUGAAAGCUGAACAGGAAGAAGCUUUGAGAAAGGAACGAGAGGAAAAUGAAAGGAAACGGAGAGCUGAAGAGGAAAGACUUCGACAGCAGCAACUCGAACAACAGCGCGAAAACGAGCGGCUUCGUCAAGAACGUGAACGAAUCGAAGCCGAUCUUCGGAGAGCUCAACAAGCCGCUGAAGCUGCUGAACGACAACGGGAGAUGGCAUCACGAGCAUUCUUUACCAGUCCUGCUUUCUAUCCAUCUCCUUCCCAGUCCUACCGUAGCUACAGUAGCCCGCCAAACAUUCAACCCGAAACGUACACGAGUUCUCGAGGAAAUGUCUUCACUCGAUACCGUGACAUGGACACUGGACGUUUCACGAAGAACCCUUAUGGA